GACAAAAGAAUGCCAGUGAAACUUAAGGGUUUGGUGUAUAAGUCCAUGAUAAGACCAGUCCUCAAGUACGGCAGUGAAACGUGGGCCAUAACUCAAAAGAACGUGCAUACCAUUCAAGUUGCUGAAAUGAAGAUGUUGAGAUGGAUGUGCGGCGUAACCAGGCUCGAUAAGAUCCGCAACGAGUUCGUGCGAGGUAGCCUCGGUGUGCGCGAUAUCGCUGAUAAGAUGCAGGAGAGUAGGCUGCGAUGGUAUGGUCACAUAAGGAGGAGGCCGCCGGACUACGUCGGUAAUUUAGCACUACAUCUUUCCCUUCCCGGCCGCAGAUCCAGAGGCAGACCCAAAACUAGAUGGAAAGAUGUAGUGCUAAAAGACAUGAGUGAGUGCCAAGUCUCAGAUGAAGAUGUCGAGGACAGGGCGAGGUGGAGGAAACUAAUUGGAAAAGCCGACCCCACCAUUAUGUGGGAUACGAGCUAG